CAAGAACACAGACUGCAGAAAAACAACAGAUUAAGAAAAAUAAACAAAUACAGCAAAAGAAAAUGGAUUCGCCCGUGCCUUUCUCCAACAAGUGGUUUAAACUUCGGUUCCAGAAUCGCACCUACCGGGAGACGGUCUAUCAGGAUUUCAAGAGGUCCUUCUUCAGCAACUUGUCUUUGCAGGAGGCCAGCGAUGUGAUGGCUUUACUGUAUGCGGGCAGCGACACACAGAAGACCGUGCUAAUUGUCGCCUACUCGCUCAUCAUUAUCUUCUCGGUGAUCGGAAACCUGAUGGUGUGCCAAAUCGUGGUCGAGAAACGCAUGUAUACCGCUAGCGGUCUCUUCAUCUUCAAUCUGGUUUUAGCAAAUCUAAUGCUAACUCUUCUCAACACGCCGUUUACACUGGCUCGCUUUGUGAGCAGCACUUGGGACUUCGGGAAGGCGAUGUGUCAUAUCAGCAGCUUCACGCAGUACUGCUACCUCCACGUGUCCAUCUUCACCCUCACUGCUAUCAUGAUGGAAAUAUAUCAGAGAAUUAUGCAUCCACUGAAGCUACACGCAACAGCAGCCCAUGGGAUCAUCUGCAUCUCUUUCAUCUGGAUCAUGGCUUCCUGCUUCUCUCUGCCCCACACCAUUUAUCAAAAGCUGAUGCAUUUUGAUCUUGG